CGCUGGGUGGGGGGGCGGCCGCGGAUUCAUGUGGAGGAGGGCUCUGGAGCGGGGGCUGGAGCGCUGAGAUGGCUGCCAAGGUGUUCGAGAGCAUCGGGAAGCUCGGCCUGGGCUUGGCUGUGGCGGGGGGAGUCGUCAACUCCGCUCUUUACAACGUGGACGCAGGGCACAGAGCUGUGAUCUUCGACCGCUUCCGGGGGGUGCAGGACGUGGUGGUGGGCGAGGGCACCCAUUUCCUGAUCCCCUGGGUGCAGAAACCCAUCAUCUUCGACUGCCGCUCGCGGCCCCGCAACGUGCCCGUCAUCACCGGCAGCAAAGACCUGCAGAACGUGAACAUCACGCUGCGGAUCCUGUUCCGGCCCGUGACGGCGCAGCUGCCGCGCAUCUUCACCAGCAUCGGCGAGGACUACGACGAGCGCGUGCUGCCCUCCAUCACCACCGAGAUCCUCAAGUCCGUGGUGGCGCGCUUUGACGCAGGCGAGCUGAUCACGCAGCGGGAGCUCGUGUCCCGGCAGGUCAGCGAGGACCUCACCGAGCGCGCGGCCACCUUCGGCCUCAUCCUGGACGAUGUGUCCCUGACCCACCUGACCUUUGGCAAGGAGUUCACGGAGGCGGUGGAGAUGAAGCAGGUGGCGCAGCAGGAGGCAGAGCGGGCCAGGUUCAUCGUGGAGAAGGCCGAGCAGCAGAAGAAGGCAGCGGUGAUCUCUGCAGAGGGCGACUCCAAGGCCGCAGAGCUGAUUGCCAACUCUCUGGCCACGGCGGGGGACGGGCUGAUCGAGCUGCGCAAGCUGGAGGCGGCCGAGGACAUCGCGUACCAGCUCUCGCGCUCGCGCAACAUCACCUACCUGCCCUCGGGCCAGUCCGUGCUGCUGCAGCUGCCCCAGUGAGCCCCUGCCCUGCCCAGGCUGGGGAAAACACCAAAAAAAUAGGGGAAA